CACACAGACUUCAAUAUGACAUUGACACGGAGUCUCGUCCAGUCUGUGCAGAGUUCAAAUCACAGGCAGACUGGCCAAUUCCCAGGCUUUCUGCCUAAAUCUCUUCCGCGCUGUAUGCUCUGCAGCUCAGUUCGCCAUUGAAGAUGGUUUCAGAAGAAAGCCUCCUUCUGACGUCUACCGCGCAUGAAGUUAUUUAUGACAAGUUCAAGCCAAAAAAGAAGAGGUGGAUCGUGUUUCUCGUUUCUUUGGCGGGUUUGUUGCCCAUGUUCGUCUCAGCGACAUUCGUUCCUUCCAUCCCUCAAGUAGCUAAAGAACUCGAUUCGACGUAUGCUGUUGUUAGCUUAACUGUCAGUCUGUCGAUGUUCGCAACUGCAGUUGGAGGAUUGGUUUGGGCCGCGAAUUCGUCUUUCUAUGGACGCCGUUCGGUAUAUUUGUGCGGGAUGCCGUUUUUAUGCGUCGGGAGCUGUGGUGUCGCGGCCUCGACUUCGUUGCCCAGUCUGUUAUUCUGGCGGUUCGUUCAGACGUUUGGAUGUUCUGGGGGUUUAUCAUUGGGUGCUGGUGUUAUUGGUGACAUUUACAAAUUGGAGGAGAGGGGAGUCGCUAUUGGGAUAUUCUUCGGUGCUGCUCUUUUUGGGUUGGCUGUUGCCCCAUUUCUCGGAGGUGCGGCGGCGCAAUACUGGUCCUGGCGUAAUUUGCACUAUUCCAUUGGUGCAUGGGGCUUGUUCGAAAUGCUUCUUGUAUACCUUACUUUUCCUGAGACAAGCCAUCCCGGUACAUUGGGCAUCGAUAAACUCACGCGCAGGAGAUGGAUCCAUAUCACGUGGGUCAAUCCUCUGGGUAGUUUGUGGUUGCUUCGGAGUCCGAAUCUAUUUGCGGUGAUGCUUGCAUCGAGUCUGGUGCUCAUCAGUGACUACGUUCUCCUCGUACCGCUGGCGUAUACCAUUGGCGUCCGGUAUGGUAUCACGAACGAAGCCAUUAUUGGAGCGUGUUUCCUCCCUAGCGGCCUGGGAAACUUCAUCGGAGCCCCGCUUGCUGGUCGGCUGUCAGACAUUGUGGUCAGAAGAUGGCGGGAAAAGCGUAAAGGAGAGUGGUUUCCAGAAGACCGCUUGAGAGCGACAUGGAUCGGAGGGCUUUUCAUGGUGCCAUUGUCCAUUGGCGCGUCGGGGCUCAUUACGACGUAUGUUGGCGGUCCGAUCGGUCUUUGGUUGAAUUUGCUGUGUCUUUAUAUGAAUGGAAUGGGAGUAGACUUCGUGAUGAAUCCAAUUGGUUCUUACAAUGUGGAUGUAGUGCACUCUCGAAGCGCAGAGAUCACAGCUGCUACCGCAGCAAUCCGGUCACUCAUUCUAUCUGCUGCAACUGCUGUGGUCGUUCCAUCCAUCGAGCACAUAGGUGUCGCGUGGACGGACAUCAUCACGGGUAUUCUUGCGAUCAUCGGACAAGGGAUCAUCUUCUUGACGAUUCGUUAUGGCGAUCGCAUGAGGGCCAGCGUGGACGUUGGGUUCUCGACUAUAGAGAAUAAUUGAUAGAUUGAUGGACGGGAGAAAUUUCGAUCUUUCAUAUAGACUCGCACUGUGCUAAACGCUGUGGGCGACGUUCACUGAGAAGCUUAAUGAUGUGCUGGAUACCCGAUGG